CACCCAGCGUAUUAACAGAGUCAUUUCCUACAGGACUGGCCGCCCAAUCCGGUUUGUUCUAGAACGUGGUGAUGACAUGCUGAUAACUGCUGGCCGCCACCCACUCCUCGGAAAAUACAAAAUUGGAUUCAUGAACAACGGUGUGAUCAAAGCUGCCGACGUUCAAUAUUAUAUCAAUGGUGGAUGCACCCCUGAUGAGUCUGAGUUGGUGAUAGAGUUCGUUGUGCUGAAAUCUGAAAAUGCAUAUCAUGUUCCUAACUACCGGUGCCGGGGUAGGGCUUGCAAAACAAACUUGCCAUCCAACACUGCCUUUCGAGGAUUUGGCUUUCCCGAGGUUUCAGUGGUAGUUGAAGCUUACAUAACUGCUGUGGCAUCUCAAUGUAACUUACUCCCUGAAGAG